UCAUUCUAUAAAUGUUGCAUGAAAUGGUGACUCCGUUCAUAACAAGUUGUGUCUAGUUGUGUUUCAGUUUUCAAGAAUGCAUGCACUAACUAUACUUCUAGCUGUAGUGGUUGCAGAACAUGCCCUCGCCUCUGUGGUCAGCCACAGCGACCCCUCAGCGUGUCAGCGAAUCAUCAAGUACAUGCUGAUCAACGCUUGUGGAGCGACCAAGCGAGAGUUCCGCACAUCAAUGGCGUUCCUAGCUUUGUCUGACGAAGAGAUCGAAAGCCGUUAUGAGGACAUGGUGAAGAAACACAAGAUCAAGGGAGUCGGAAAGGACUAUGAUGAAAAGAAGAAUUGGCACUGGGAGACAAUGAAUGAUAUAGAUGAUUCCUACUUCAAGGAUUCUCUUCAAUAUAUCAAACCCUUGUACAAACGCCACAAGAGAAGUGUCAUUGGCAUGGGUCUUCGUAUGAAGAAUUACGCUGAAGCAAUAGAACACGAGCGGAAAGGAAGCUUCCAUUUCAUUGGUCGCUUGCCAUCAGAGAGAGAGGUAGGUGACAGGUCGCCGCCUCCAGGGGAGCUCAAAGCCAAAUGCUGCGGCGGAGUCAUCCUCUGUACUAUGGAUGACUUCCGUGGCUUCUGUGAAUAACACCCUCCUUCGAUACAGUGAUUUUCUGUUAUACAACAUAUUGUUAAUAAUUUGUUCAAGUAUCAUACUACACCUAGGCUAUAUAUUAUUAAGUAUUUGUUAUAAAAUAUUGUAGUAAUAACAUAGUGGUUAUAUAAUGGUGGCAAGGUUACUGUUUAAAAAUAGAAUACUUUUUUAUAAAGAUUAAUAUAAAAUUAUAGCUAUUUAUUGACCCAUAGUACAUACAGGUAUGACAAUGUUCUUUAGGUAUCCAUUGUCAAUGAUUCAACUCUUGCAACCUUCUUUGAAAAUGUAUUAUAUUUCUGUUUGAACGUUUUUGUAUUACUGGUGCCGAUUAGAAAUUACAAAUAAUCUCAAUAAUAACAUAUUUAAAUGCAAACUGAAGUGUUUAUUGUGUUUACCAAAUUGAAAUGUAACAUUCCUUUGUUCAGUUGACUCAGUUUGCACAGUUUAUACAAACUAAUUAUAGGUACUAGUAUACCGUACGCAACUGAUUGAUGAAUUGUCAUUUCACCAUUUUUUACUAUUCGCUUUAAUCUUCAGAUUGAAUACAAUUUGUACAACACCUAUCAGAUGUUUAUUUAUUUAUUUUUAAAUAUUUAUUUACAUAAAAUUGUAGGUUAUAAAUCUAUGACAGACCAGUAUACAAAUGCUUUUAUUUUACUACAGUAAUUGCAACAGCAUUGUGGGUAUUGGAAGAGUUACAUUAUUUAUAAUACAACAUCAAAAUUAAAAAUUUUAUGUGAAUACUGUAUAUUUAUUAGCAAUAUGAUUUCUGACUCAGAGUCAGUAUAUUCUAUUGACUCGCUUGAAGGUGAAAAGGGUGAAUCAAACCUAAAACAGUGUAAGAAAACCAAAGAAUUAUCUAAAAAAACAAAUUUGACAAUACCUUUUUAUCAAGGAGAGGUUUCGAUUGAGGCUGUAAAAAGAAACAUGGAUAAAAUCAAAUCCAGAACCAAAUCUUCCUCUCCCAAUUGUUCUAGGAUUAGAGGACAAAAUAAAUCACGUAGGAUUAAAUCAAGUUUAGAAAAAGCAAAUAGUAUUACCAAUCAAGUAAGUUCAAGCAACAGUCAUAACUUGCCACAAAAAUCCAUGCAAUCAAAUAGUACAGGCAGAAUUUCAAGAAGGAAUGACUUUGUUUUUGAAAACAAGAAUUCUAUAAGAGAUAGGAAUCGAUCUGCCUCAUACUUAGACCAAUUCAGAAAGAAGAAAAGUUUGGAUUCAUCAAGUUAUUCAACAGAAGGUUCAAAAUUGUCCAGAGAUAGGAGUGUGUCAUUUGUUAGUUCUUUAUCUGAUAGUAGCAGAACUAGAAUGAGUUCAUCUGAGUUAGAGUUUUAUGAUAAACUCAUGGUGAGUCCUAGAAAUGAGCAACACACAUUUAGUAAGGAACCUUUAGAGACAAGCACUUUGUUAAUGGAAAACCCAAUGAAAUCUGCAGGGUAUAAAAACCAAGAAAAAAGCACUAAGGCAAAACCAAUUGUUUUAACCAGGAUUGAAGUUGAGAUGCCAGACGAACAUAAAAGAGAGCUAGACAAGAAAAAAAUGGUUGAAAGAAGAGAUGUGUAUGCUAACAGAGUAAAAUUGAUGAAUCAAAUCAAAAUCAACCGGCAAAAGGAGAAAAGUAAAUAUGAUAAGUUUAAUUCGAUGGCCCCACCAAAGUUGAGUUUUGAAGACUGUUUUCUUCAGCUAACAUCAAACAACAUGAAUGCCUCAAUGCCAGAUAGAAAUUCAUCAGGUUUUCCUCCACCAAGUGUAACACAGCCCAAGUUAAAACAGCCAAAAACGGAGAAACGAGUGAUUCAAGAAAGAAUUUUGCAAACAAGCAAAGGAAAAAGAACUGAAGUCAAACAAAAUAACAAAACUGUAAAUAAUAUAGAAAUAGCCAUCUUACAAGAGAGACACGAAAGAGAAAAAUCUUUGAUUGAAUCCUUGAAGAAUUUGUAUUUGAUAACAUGACUUGUUGUUUCAUUUAAUAUAAUUUUAAAACUAUAA